AUGGAUAUAUAUGGAGGUGCCGAUGGUGGUGCUGGAAUUGGAGGAGGUGCAGGUAGUGGUGGUGCUGCUGGAGGCGGCGUUGGAGGUGCUAAUGGAGGAGCUGGAGUUGGAGGAGGUGCAGGUGGUGGUGGUGCCGCUAGAGGUGGCGCUGGAGGAGGUGUAGGUGGUGGUGCUGGGGCUGGAGCUAGUGUUGGAGGAGCAGGUGGUGGUGGUGGAGUUGGAGGCAGUGCAGGUGGUGGUGCUGGAGGUGGCAUUGGAGGAGGUGCAGGGGGUGGAGCUGGUGGAGGAGUAGGUGGUGGUGUAGGUGGUGGGGCUGGUGGAGGUGUAGGAGGAGGAGCCCGAGGAGGCGUUGGCAAAGGUGCUGGAGGUGGGGCCGGUGGCGGAAAAAGGGGUGGAGCAGAUGGUGGCUUUGGGAAAGGUGGAGGUAUAGGAGGUGGUGCAGGUGGUGGUUUUGGGGCUGGAGGAGGUUUUGGUGGAGGGCAUGGGGGAUUUGGUAAGGGUGGAGGAGUUGGCGCGGGCGGUGGAUUCGGAGGCCGGACUAGUCCUAGAAUUGGACGUCGCAAAUUGUGA